UAACGCCGUCAAGUUGGAUGGGGUUUUGGGACGGAGCAGACAGUAAAGAGAUGGGGAUAUUCUCCGUGCCUCCAUUAUCUCCUUAUCUAUCUCUUGGACACUCCCACCUCGUGGUUAUGUAAGCUUCUGAGAGUCAAACUGGGAACAUUCCAACAUUAGGUGACAUUAGCAACUUUGGAUUGUGUUGAAAGCUUCUAGAUUAGCUGAUUGUAAAAAUUGUUUCCCUAUAUUCAUUGAUUCAUCUUAAAUGCAAUUCUUUCUACCCUUCCUUAAACGAGCACAAAGAAGAAGUUUGAACUUACAAGACCUACUAAUGAGCCCUUCAAGCAAAACGAUUGCCUCCAAGACUUUGGUCGCUGUCUAAUAUAAUAGUGCAGACACCCACAAACAUAUGUACUUUUCUUCAACCCUAUAAAUUUCACCAUAGACAAAAACUUUCAUGAGGUUACAAAGUAGACACAGAGAAUUCAGUAUGUUGAAACAAACCUAAGACAUUCCUUUGUUACCCACUCCACGAGACUUCUGCUUCCAGAUGUACUUGAUGCUAAGGUCGUAACUCGUAACAUUUUUACAUCUUACAACAUGACAAGAUUACCUUAACUAUUUCAAGUCACCAAAUCAAAGGAAACAACCAGAAGGAAAAACUUCAUCGCUUAGCCGUGAAAGAAACAUAAAUCAAGUAACCCAAUUAUUUUCAAAAAGAUAGAAACAGUGCGGCCAAAAGAGAAAUUCCAACCACCUAAUCAUAUAAUCCACAGUGAACCAAAAACGAGAAUCCUACACCGUCGAGAAAUUGUCUAAAACAGGCAAGCAGACAUAAACUUGUACCCAUAAAAUUUUUAAAAAGUGUCAAUUUUUGUUUCAAAUUUCUGUAAUAAAAACCAUUUUUAAAAUGUGUCUCGGAUAUGAAGAAGCCUGGAAAUAGAGACAAAUCCACAAAAUCCCUCCUUUCUUGUCUUAAACUUAUACUAAUAUUUAAAGUCCACUUGCCACACUCCAAAACAACAGUAGAAAACAAGUCAAAAUAAUUGAAAAGGAUCCUUCCUCUCUCCAACCAAAGAAGCUAAUCUCAAAAACCUCUCACUUUCCAUUUUUAUAUAACCCUCCAAUCUCAAAAACCAAAACCCACAAUCAAAACAACAAUCAGAUAGAAAAAGGCUCCAGUAUCAUCUAUGGCUUCUUCACAUCAACUAGAACAAGACCAAUCAGCUUUGAAUCUCAUAACCCAACACCUUCUUACCGAUUUCCCUUCCUUAGACACCUUUGUCUCCACCAUCCACCACUGCACCACUUCAACUCUAAGCCAACGCAAGCCACCUCUUGCCACUAUAGCAGUUCCUGCACCAGUGGCUCAAGAGGAUGACCUGAGGCAUUACAGAGGCGUCAGGAGAAGACCGUGGGGUAAGUAUGCGGCUGAGAUCAGAGACCCAAACAAGAAAGGUGUUCGUAUCUGGUUAGGGACUUUUGACACAGCCAUGGAAGCUGCAAGAGGUUACGACAACGCUGCUUUUAAACUACGAGGAAACAAAGCCAUUCUUAACUUUCCCCUUGAAGCAGGCAAGCACAAGGACUAUGGAGACAACAACAAGACUGUCUCUUUAAAAGCAAAGAGGAAGAGACAAGUAACGGGGGAUGAAAGCCAUGGAAGUAACCUGUGUAGCCAUAAAGCUGUGAAGAGGGAAGAGGCAGAAAUUCAGGCUCAGGCUGAGGCUUGCCCGUUAACACCGUCAAGUUGGAUGGGGUUUUGGGACGGAGAAGACAGUAAAGAGAUGAGAAUAUUCUCCGUUGCUCUGUUAUCCCCUUAUCCAGCUCUUGGACACUCUCAACUCGUGGUUACGUAAGCUUCUGAGGAUCAAACAUUAGGUGACAUAAAAACCGUUGGUGUAUAUAUCAUCUACAAGUAAAGCACCGAGAAGAUGAUUUUAAAUAAGAACUUACAAAUCUUAAGGGUGGUUGUGUUCAAAGCUUCUAGAUUAGCUGAUUGUAAAAGAUGCUUUGCUAUAUUCAUUCAUUCAUUCUUCUUAA